UCAAAUUAGUAACGAUUAGGUUUAACUUGUCACAUAAUUUCUUUGUGUGGCAGUUUGGUUUAAUUUUGAGAUGGUUAAUUUGUCUGUUUAAGGUGCCACAACAUGAGAUGGAUGUGUAAGAUAUGUAGCUUUGAGUCAGAGAAGAGGUUGGGAUUGUUAAAACACUACAGACUAAAGCAUGGAAAUGGUGGUCGCAGCCAGUCAGUCCCUUGUCUUCACACUGAUUGCCCUUGCUCGUUUAAAACAUUUAAUGCCCUUAAGACCCAUUUGUCUCGACACCAUGUGAAGAUGGUCACACAAAGUGGACCUCUUUCAUUUACUUGUCUACUUUGCUGCUCUGUUUUUUUUUAAUUCAGAGAAGCAGUAUUUUGAGCAUCUUAACAACCACUUAAGGAAGUUUGAAGUAGUUGCAUGUGUCUUCAAAAACUGCAACUUCAGUACAAAUAUUUAUUCCACCUUUGCUACACAUAGACACAGAAAACACCAGUCACACACCCUUGAGGAUUUUAAAACUGAAGUAUUAAAAAGCAAACCUAAUGAACCCAUGUUUGCUCAGGAUGAGACCUGUGUGGAAGAGAGCUUAGAGCUUUGGGAUGGGGAACCACAGGAGUUGUCUCAAGAUAUAAAAGAGAAAUUUGGCCAUCUAUUUUUAAAGUUAGAAAGCAUGUUCAAUGUCCCAAACAAAUGCAUUGAUGAAAUAGUAGAUGAGCUUCAGUUUAUAUCCACCUCUGCAUCUGGUCCACCUUUAAGAGAUGUGGUGGUGUCCACCUUGAAAAGCCAUAAUUGUGAUCUGGAUCCAGCCAUUAUCUCAGAUUUAGUGAAAAAUCUUUGUGAGACACACCCUAUAAGUACUGCCUUGGGGACAGGUGGCCCUUUCACAACUUAUUACAAGAGAAGAGAAUUUAUGAAGAAGCAUUUUUCAGUUGUUGAACCAGAAGAACACAUACUUGAUAAAAAAAAAAAGGGGCAAAACCUUCCAGUAUGUCCCAAUAUUGCCCUCCUUGGUACAGGUCCUAAGUAAGUCUUUUCAAGAAAACACAUUUGAAGGUGAAAAAAAAACUGAAAAUGACUUUAAGUACCAGACAUUUCGUGAUGGAUCUCACUAUCAAAACAAGUUUUUCUCUGUAGAGGAGAACAGAGUGAGUCUCAUCCUGUACAUUGAUGACUUUGAGGUAUGUAAUCCUCUUGGGACAUCUCAAAAAAAGCACAAAGUCACAGCUGUCUAUUGGGUGUUGGGAAACAUUCCGGUGCAGUUACGUUCCACAUUGACAUCAAUCUACCUUGCAAUUCUGUGUAAGGCUGAAGACACCAAGCAGUUUGGAUUCCAGCGAGUUUUAGAGCCACUGUUAACAGAUAUCCAAAGCUUGGAGAAAGAUGGUCUUUUUGUUCCAGCGUUAGGGAAAGCCAUUAAAGGGACUGUGGUCAGUGUGGUGGCAGAUAAUUUGGGGGCGCACUCUGUGGCAGGAUUUGUCAAAAGCUUUGCAGGGUCAUACAUCUGCGUUUUGUGUUGGGAAGCGAUCCAAGUUUCAGUCCAAUGAAGUGAGAUCUGGGUCUUUUCCUCAAAGAACCAAAGAUCAACAUACACUGCAUGUACAGACAGCUGUGUCUAGUCCAGAUCACCCUCAUUGUUAUGGUGUAAAAAAAACAGUGUGCAUUGUCAGAAAAACUUGAGCAUUUUCAUGUUACAUCUGGUUACCCUCCAGAUGUUUUACAUCAUCUGCUGGAGGGCAUUGUUCCAGUGGAACUGGCUUUGGCAUUUGAUAACUUGAUCAAGAAAAAAUAUUUUUCUCUCAUGGAACUGAAUGAUGCCAUUUCCACUUUCCCAUACAAGUGGAGUGAUAAAACAAAUCGCCCUCAUCUCAUUCCUGCUAACUUUUCGACUCGAAAAUCAGUAGGGGGCAACGCACAUGAAAAUUGGUGCUUAUUACAUCUUUUGCCUCUGAUUAUAGGUUUAAAAGUACCCCAACAAGAGCCUGUAUGGCAGAUGCUGAUGACACUGAAAGACACUGUGGACCUUGUCAUGUCUCAAGCCCAUACUGAAGAAAACAUUUGCUAUCUUGACAGCAUCAUUUCAGAACACCGAAGCAGAUUCCUUGAUGUUUUCCCCCAACAUAAGCUCAUUCCCAAGCACCAUUUCCUUGAGCACUAUCCUCAGCUCAUUCGGGAAUCUGGUCCCCUAGCUGCCCUCUGGACAAUGAGAUUCGAGGCCAAACACAGCUUUUUCAAGAAGGUGGUCAGACACACUGGUUGUUUCAGGAAUAUUUUGCUGUCCCUUGCAAAUAAGCACCAGCUCAUGGUUGCAUAUCAUCAAUCACAUUCUGUCAAACCAUCACUUGCAGUCACAAAAACAACAGAGGUCUCUUUAGAUGUGCUUAAGGAUGAUCUAAAAGACCUGGUGAAAUGCAGAUUCCCUGCUGUUACAGCUGUGCAUGUUGCCAAUAAUGUGUGCAGUUUAGGCACCAACUAUGCAGUGGGAAUGUUGUUGUGUUGUGGUUCCACUGCAGGACUGCCUGACUUUUCUGAAGUGUUACAGAUAAUGGUGAUUUGUAACAAACUGACUUUUUUCAUGAGACAACAAAAUACAUGGUACAAUGAACACCUGAGGAGUUAUGAGCUGGAGAACACAGGGAGUGUGCAGUUACUUGAGCAAAGAGAGCUUAAAGAUUUUUAUCCUUUGGCUUCAUACACCCUUGCAGGAAGACACCUGACAACUUUAAAGCACCACAUUUGCCUAUCCUUUUGAAAUGUGAGGAGAGAAGCUUGUGAAUAAAUGUCUGUGUAGUUCUCUUCUCUGUUGUUGCAGCUUCUUCCUGUUGAUAUGGCACCCUCAGCGAAACUGCAGAUAAUUUUUGGGGAGGAUGAUGUCCACAAACUACUUUUACCUCCAGGCAUCCCAAGCACACUUCAGGACCUCAAUGAUGUUCUUCGAGAGACAUUUGAUAUUACAGGACCAUUCACUGUUAUGUACCAGGACAUGGAUUUCGACGGUCAGUUCUUCACUUUGACCUCGAUUGAGGAAGUACAAGAUAAAGCUAACCUCAAAGUAGUAAAAACUGAACCAGUAAUCUUGAGUCUCACUACUGUGGACAUGUCAGAAGUCGAAUCUCCAGUUCCACUAUCUACAGAAGCAAGCUCCUCCUCAUCUGUAUGCGACACAAUCCUGUUGUCCUCCCCAGAUGAGAGUGGACCAUCCUACAGGUCUAAGCCAUGGCCAUUUAAGUUUGAAAUACCAGACUUCUCUUAUGAUAUAGACCUUGCACUGGAAGCAGGAAAGCAAGCUUAUGAAAAUGAUGGCACACUUUUGAACAACCCAAGCGUAACUAGUAGCAUUCUUGAGAAGCUUGCAGAGACUAUAUUUGGCUUCACAGCAUAUCCAACUGGUGUCCAGAUUUUAGCUGUUGCUGAAGCCUUGGUAGCAAAAUACCCAUGCCUCAAAGAGCCAGGGUCUUUUAAUGGCCUAUAUGGUUGGCAACAGAGGAUAAAGUAUAAAAUGGGCAACUACAGGGCAAAGUUAAGAGGUCGCCAAUUAGCCAUUCCAGAGCUCGAGGUGAACAAACUGAAGAGACGAUGCUCCAGUGAAGAGGGUUCACUUAAAGGCUUUAAAAGGGCAAAAAAAGCUGAAGUCAACUAUCUGCCACCACUGCCAUUCGGUGAGACUGAGGAAACCUUAGAGAUGGAGAGACUAGAUUUGCUGAAGGAAAUGAAGAAGAAGAACAAUGAGAGGGCAAUUAAUGAGAAAAUGGAGAAGUCUUUUGCUAUGAGAAGAAAAGAGGUUGUCAAGGAUUGCCCCGCAAUCCAAGACCUCUUAGAGAGGUGGCCUUCUCUGUUCUGUGAAAAUCAGAUCAAAGAGGAGUUUAAGCGAUCGUGGCUCAAGAGUUUGGAGUCCGUCUUGUAAUCGGAAGGUUGCCGGUUCGAGCCCCGGCUCGGACAGUCUCGGUCGUUGUGUCCUUGGGCAAGACACUUCACCUACCGCCUACUGG